CUACGUCAUCAUUUGCUUGCACCGUCAUGGCGUCUGUCUGUGUUUAUGAGCGGAUGAUAUGCGGUUGACGAAAGUGCUUUCGAGUCGAUCGCAACGGCGUGGGAAAUCGACGAACUGUUCUUGAUGGGUAGUUCUCAAUUCGCUUGUAGCGAUGGAUAUUGACAGUGAUUUAGACCUUAAUUUGCUGCAGCAGUUUAGCUGCCUAGGAACGACCGACCGUGAUGUUUUAAUUUGCCAACUUCAGAAGGUACUUGGCUACCAGCUCAACACCUCAGAAUGUGCGUUCUUUCUGGACAUGAACAAUUGGAACCUACAAGCAGCGGUGUGCUCCUAUUUUGAUAUCGACGCCCCCAAGGAGAAUGGACCCUCCAUGACCCUCAUAAAGGAUGUUACCAUUGGCGAUGGGGAAGCUGUACCUCCGAAUACGAGGUUUAUCAAGACGUGGAGGAUACAGAACACAGGGGACACUGACUGGCCACCCGCAUGCUCGCUCAAAUUUGUUGGCGGUGACCACCUAGGACACAUGAACAGAGUCAGCGUGGAGAGUCUGAGGCCAGGCCACAUGACAGACGUUUCUGUGGAAAUGUCAAGUCCUGCAAAGCCAGGUGUUUACCAGGGCCAGUGGCGGAUGGCCACGAUGGGAGGCCAGGUGUUUGGUGAGGUCAUCUGGGCCAUCUUGACAGUGGCCGAAGGGGGUCUGCUGGCGGUCACCCAACAGAUGGAGGCCUUCCACCAGCUGGGCUCACCCACCCACAACAGUGUGCCCUGCCCCACAGCUGCCAACCCCUUUGCAUCGCCCAAAGCUGCAGAAUUGGCCACAGCAUGUGAACAGUCACCCUCUCCAUAUUCUGGCUUUCCCGUCACCCGCAUUGACUGCCCUGCCAUCCAGGAUGCGCAGAACAGUGAACCUCAUUCUCCCAUGCAGUCCGGCAUUCAUGACCCGGUCCCCGGCGAGACAGUGAUCCAGUGCCCACCACCCACUUAUGAGCACGGCCAGGAUGAGAUGAUGUCCUGAGAGAAUGCCUCCAUGGUUUUUGUCAUCCUCCUUUGCGCCCAUGUCCCUAACGUUCCUUUUCUUGGCCGCCGAGGGGCACCAGACAUGUGCUGUCGCGAGUGUGUGCAUUUCUUGUGUGAACCCCCUGGUUUUGUGCGUGUGUUGCUUGUUUGGCUGCGUGUGUAUGUGUGUCUGUACACUUUGAAGGCGCAGGUAGGGGACUGAGUGCGUGGCUGUCUUCUUAAAAAACUUUUUUCCCCAUUCUAGUGACAUUGGUAUUCAGUGCUUUGGGCUAACUGCUGAGUGGUUUUGUUGACUUGGAUGUGAAAGGAUGCAGUGUAUUGUUGCACUGUGGUUUACUGUGGACAUGUAUGGUGUGGAAAGUGUGGUGUUAGGCUGCCAGUGCCAAGCUCUGAUGGCUCCACCCUUGAAGAUUGAUGGAAGCCUCCUAGUACACUGCAUCAGACCAGGGUCAGUAAAAAGGGCUGAUGUGGAAAUUGAUUUGGGCUAAUAAAAAGGAUGUCCUUGAGCUAUUUGCACUAGGUCCCUCUUGAUGAACAGCUAUUGAUACACAUUGGUUGCAGUUAGCUUGAGAGGCUGGCACGUACAGGAAGUCAUGUACUCUAAAUAAAAUCAUGCUACAAGUACUAGUAUAUAUAAGAAUGAGAAUGUCUUCUUGAUCCAUCUGAUGCAGCUUUUGUUUAUUUUCUUCUGUGGGACGGUAUGCUGCUAGUACGCUUGAAAAGGCAUAUAAGCGCUCGGCCAGCUUUUGUGUUCACCCAAUUUAAAAGUGGGUGUAUCACUUUAUCCCUUUGGUCAAUGCAGCCAAACUUUGUCUGCAGUCCUGAUUUCUGUUUUCUGGUCUUUAGUAAUUUCACAGCCUUGAUUAAUUCAAAAAGAUGGCUACAUCUGCUCCGGUAGUGCUUACUUCUAUUGGCAAGGCUGGCAUGAUCACAGCUUUGUGCUGACAGCUGUAAUUUUUGUUGCAUUUGCUUAUGAUCCCAUUUCUCCUAAAUGUGUAUUGUACAGCAACACUGGUUUUGAAGCUUGUAGACAGCAGUAGUGAUUGGCUGCGCGAGCUGAUUGGUUUGCUCCUGUGUAAUUUUUGUUUCAUUCUACAGCGGGGACGAAAAGAAGUGCAAAUGUAAGCCGUAGUAAUGCUGAUGCUUGUGUGUGUUGCUGGAUACUUUUUUUUUCCCUCUCAGUUCGACUAAAGCUGAACCACACUUCUGGGUUUCCUGUGACAUAUGGUUGGGGCUGGCAGGGCUACGCAGUGACUUGUUCUAUUUUUUUUUCAUGUUUGUUAGUGCAAAACAGUUAAUAUUGCAACAAAAUUACUGGCUUAUAAACGUUUGGACGGUACUUGAUACUAGCUGUCUCUGCGGGAAAGUUUCUCUACAGUGUUUUUCUUGUGCUUUGUUUUCAAACGUACACAUUUUUUAAUAUACCGCUGUCACCAUAUUCUGUCCUGUUGCUGUUGGGAGGAGCGUUUCUUUCUGUAUUGAUUUUUUUUUUCCAUCUCGAUGAUGCUAUUUGUAGCAGACAGCUUGACAUACAGCUGGAAACAGCUGGUGACAGCAUGGCCAGUGACAGUGCUCAAUACAAGAUCAGAGUGUGCUUGGAUACUCGUCUUUUGUUGAUUGCAGACACAUGCACGUGUGUCGCAGAGCCCAAUUUGCAUGCCCAGCAGGGAGCCGUCUGAGCUUUCGUCAACACAUUUGCAUUUCUUGUUGCCCGCCCAGCGUUUUCGUGCAAAAGCUUGCGUGUGUUUUAUCACAUGUGUGAGAACAGAGUUAUAUGAAAUAGAUUUAUUUAGAUUUUUGUUGCCUUCAUUUUUUAUGGACAUUGUUGUGAAUGUUGACGGCACACAAUGUACUAGUAGUCUGUUGCAACAAGGCCUCGAAACUGUAGUUCGCUGCUUGUGGUCCGGUGGACUACCCAGUAGUUGUGCAGUGCACAUGUGUUUAUAUCAUGCCAUCCCAAACUCUUCUUCUUCCUCCUGGAGAGAGUAUGCAGCUGUAGUUGUGAGUAGCUGUACUUCUAGGGUUUCACACGAACAAGGACAUUUUAUAUUAUGGAUGCCUGUUUCUCCCAAUUCCCCACUAGGGUACAUGUCAAUAACCUUUCAUGCUACAGGAAACGUCUUUGUGAAGAGUUUUCUGGAAAGUGGAAUUAUCAUUUGGUUUUUAUAAAACUGAUUGCAACA